AUGGAGGACAACAUGAUUAAUUACCCACCGCUAUCAGCUUAUGGUGCCGAUAAAAAUGAAAAACAGACGCACGCAUUACAGCAAUCAAUUAGUGUUGAGGAAGGCCAUGGAACUUCUGAGGAUUUGGGAAGGUUUCACCGAUCAUUCACACCGAGACAGGUUCAUGUAAUCUCGCUCGGCUCAAGUGUGGGCAGCGGCCUCUUCAUCGCAACAGGCAAAGCCCUCGCUGAUGCAGGCCCUGCUAGUAUGCUGCUUGCUUAUUUCAUGGUCUGUAUCGGCAUAUGGGCCAAUCUUCAGACUCUGACUGAAAUGACAAUUGCUUUUCCGACCUCGGGGAAUUACAUAGACUAUGCAGGCCGAUGGGUAGACCCUGCAUUGGCGUUUGGUGCAGGGUUUGCUGAGUGGCUUGGAUGGACAUCCGUAUUUGCCGCAGAGGCUACAUUCUGUGUCGUACUAAUCAACUACUGGGCCAAAGAUGCUGUUCCGGAGGCGGCUUUGUUGACCAUCUUCCUACUCGCCUGUCUAUCUGUGUUUUUGUUGCCAAAUCGCUUUUUUGCUUGGCUUCAGUACUUUGGAUCUUUGGUCAAAGCAUUCUUGUUCAUCUUUAUCAUCAUUAUGUCGCUGGCUGUCAUCGGCGGUGCCGGUCCUACGGGUAAAGUUGUGGAUGGAAGUAACUGGACUAACUUUCCAGCAUUUAAACACGGAUUUGGUGGCUUCUCCAACGCCGCCCUCCUCGCUAUCUGGGCAGUCGGUGACCAAGUCUUCAUCGGCGUCAUGGGCGGAGAGGCUAAAUCACCGCGCUUCUCUAUGGCACAUGCGGCAAACCUGAUCCCGUGGCGAACAGGCGUAUUCUAUCUAGUAUGCAUCGUUUUCGUUACAAUUCUCGUACCGUCAGACGACCCAGAUCUUUUUGGUGGUUCGGGAGUUACCAGCUCGCCAUUUGUAAUUGCUGUCCAGAAUGCAGGGAUCAAGGGCGUACCGGACUUUAUGAAUGCGUGUAUGAUUGUAGGCAUUGUGGCGAUUGCACUGGAAUGCAUUUACCUACCGUCCAGAGUGUUGCGAACAAUGGCUGUCCAAAAGCUGUUACCUGGAUUCAUUGCCAAGGUAGACUCGAAAGGGAGACCUCGAUGGGCGUUGGGUAUUACUGCCCUUUUUGCUAUCGUGUUGACUUAUAUGAGUCUAAGUGCAAAUGGAUUGGAGGUUCUCAACUGGCUGAUCUCAAUCACAAGUGCCUCUUUCUUCCUCAACUGGUCCAUCAUUGCAUUCACAUCAUUCCGCUUUCGGGCUGCCAUCAAAGCUCAGAAAAUGCCAAUCUUCGAACGACAAUAUGGAUGGAAAUCAACUUUCUGGCCUUUGGCGCCGGUUGUAUCCUUGACAAUCUCUACUAUAUUGCUGGGCGGUGGAGGCUUCACAGCGUACAAUUUCUUCUCCUAUACCAUCGGCUUGCUUGUUAUAGUCAUGUUCACGCUCGCCUACAAAGUUAUCAUGCGCACGAAAUGGCAGGAUCCGAUGACUGCAGACUUGGUUACUGGUCGCCGGGAACUUACGACAGAAGAGAUCCAGCAAUUGGAUGCUUAUUACAGUCGACCAAUAUGGCGGAGACUGGGUGAGUAUGUACGCUUGUGGUAG